AUGUGGCUCUUCCGCGUCUUCUCGUCGGCCGUCUUCCUCACCGUGGUCGUCUCCUCGAUCCCUCUAGCCUUCGAUGUGGGCGGCAAAGUAUGCGGUCUGGCCUUUUCGCUAUCACUCGCCACGUUCUAUUUCCUCUUCUCGUUAUUGAAGGUCUCCACCCCCGAGCGCUCGUGGUUCCGGUCCUCUCUGGUUGUCGUGGUUGGCUCCACCCAAUGGAUCCUGAUCCCGAUUCUGUUGAUCUGGUCGUUGAAUCGCUUCUCGGUCGAUGGGGAUAGUACCGGUGGAUGGCUCGAGCGCACGUUCACGGGGCAGAGGGCGGCGGAUAGUUCAAUCCAGGAGUGGCUCUUUGGUCGGGAUGGUUUGGUGGAGUCGGUGACUCUAGGCAACUGGGAUCGACUGCUGCGCUGGUCCACCCCCGUGUUCCAGCUCGUAGAGGGCUUCUGCAGUUUACUGGUUAUUCAAGCCGCGGGUCAAAUUACUCGAUGGCUGGUAAAUCGAGGCGGGCGAAGUGACAGCUGGAUGAUUGGCCUCCUUGUUCUCUCCGCGACCGUCAUCUCCAGCUCGGUAUACUUCCUCUGGCGCGUUCUCCAGUUCCCCGAAAUUUCCAAUGUCGAUGCGGCCCUGAUUGGUGUUUCAAUCACAUGUGCGGUCAUUUUGUGUGCGUGGGGUAUUGGCAGUGGACGCGGAAACCCCGUGGAGAGCUCUCUGCUCUUCGCCUACAUUGUCCUCUGCAUCUAUCAGAUCUUUACGGAUUACCAGCCCUCGUACCCGAUCGAGCAGGUUCCUUCGCCUGCGCAGGCGGGUGAUUUCCCUCCACUUCCUCCGAUUAUCAUGGCAUCGUAUACCACCCUCAUGCAUGCGCUGUCUCUGCUACCUUCGAUCAUCCACGCCGCGUUCAACGUCAUCACUGCCGUCUUCAGCGCCGUUACCCCGUCAGUUUUGAUCUCUCUCGCAUACCGGUUACUCGUGUUGUAUGCGUCGACGCGCAUCAUUCCCGCCGUGCGAGAAUCUGGAGCCCGCGCGCUCUCGCAGGAGGCCUCUCUGGAUGAUACCGAUGCAGCGGGCCAGGUUCUAGGCUACCUGAGCUAUUUCGCCCCGACUAUUCUCAUUGCUGUCUACACCAGUCUGCUGAUGCAGCACUUCUCAUCUGCAUCGCAAGCCAUGGGUGGCAGUGGUGAGUGGUGGAGCAGCCAAGGAGGCGGCGGGGGCAACCUUUGGAGGUGGAUCAACCUUGCCUGUACAAUGGGUCUCUAUGCCGUUGAGCUUUGGCUCGGAGAGAAUGACGAUCUCGAUAAUGGUCUGGCCGGUCAUUGGAAGACUGAUUGA